UCAUUUAUCAUUCAUUGUAGUAUUUUCAGUUUGUUUAUUUUGUUCAUCCUUCAAGACAAGAAGUAAAAGAAGUAUAAUUUCUGUAGUAACCCAUGCUAUAAAAACACUGAAGACUGCUUAAUUUCUUUAAAAAGACCCAUCUCACCACUACCAAAUUCAGUAAGAAGCCCAGGGACUAAAAUAUUUCAGGUAAGGAAGCUUUAUUUUAAAGGCAAGUGAGACUGCUUCAAAUAAAACAACUCUAAGCUUCCAAGAAACAGUUAAGAGAAGGCAGAGACGAGCAGAAACACCGCUUCACUCACACUCACGUGGUUGCCAUGGACCUGCACAAGCAGUGGGAGAACACAGGGACUGCCUGGCACAAGGAAAAGAUGGAGUUACUGGACCAGUUUGACAAUGAAAGGAAGGAAUGGGAGACCCAAUGGAAGAUCAUGCAGAAGAAGAUAGAAGAGCUUUGCCAUGAAGUACAGCUUCGGAGGAAAAUCAACAUGAGUGAACGUGCCAAGGUCAUUGAUCUUGAUCGUGAGAAGGCCAUGCAAGAUAAAGUGGUGGGAUCUUCUCCAAAUUACCCCAAUUCAGGACCAUGCGAAUCUACAGGGAUGAAUCACAGGGAUGGUAUGGAAAAAGACAAUAAAACGGAGCAGAGCUUACUCAGUGAAGGAAAUCAAGUGUGUAAGGAACAAAAAGCAACCAAAAAAUUAAAGGUAGGGUUUAUGGAUCCCCUGGCCACAGACAGGCAAAAGGAACGUGAGGCCUGGUCUGACCUGAGGACUUCGGAGGAAGCGAGCAAGAGCUGUUCUGGCGCCCUCAACACAGCUCUUGAAGAACUUGCCAAAGUCAGUGAAGAAUUAUGCAGCUUCCAAGAGGAAAUCCGAAAGCGGUCUAACCAUAGAAGGAUGAAGUCAGAUUCUUCUCUCCAGGAAAUGCCGCAUAUAAUGAACAUGUCCCCUGGAGACCACGGGAUCAACAAUGGCCAGUGUGUUCUUCCGAUCAGUUUAGGAAAAGAAAAACAGAAAAAUAGAAAGAAUCUGAGUUGUACUGACAUGCUCCAAAGCAGUUUUAUGAAAACAUGUGGAAUUGAUACAAUUGAUCCAAUACAAAGAAAUGAAACUCCACCAGUUCCUCCUCCAAGAAGUACAUCUCGAAGUUUUCCCAGUGUGUAUCCUGAACAAGCCCAUGAAAGUUUGAAGGAAAGUUUAGGCCACAGUAGCCAGGUGGUCCAAGAGGGUCAAGGUGAAAGGAACUGCAGUCCUCAUGUCCCCCUGAGGCAUGAUGAGAUGCCUACACUGUGUCUAAAUGAAGGGAAGACUUUGAAAGAUGAUAUCAUGUUUUCUUCUUUGGCAUCUGAAGCCAAAAUGGAUAACCAGCCUCCAUGUAGUGAAGAUGUUGGAUGUGGCAUGUGGUCUUACGACACAGUGAUAGGCACAAAAAAUAGCCCUUCUGCCUUGUGGUUUCAGAAAACCUGUUCUACUCCCAAUAGGUCAAAAUAUGAAAAGAUGACCCCAGAUCAUCCUGCUAAAUUUCACUCUGACCUUCAUGUUGGCAAUGACUAUAGUUCCUUGGUGACACAGAGCAGUGGCCCACUUAGAAGUUUCAGUUGUGGCUUUGAAAAGACUACUAGGAAUGAAACGCUGGCAGCAAAGACUGAUGAAUUUAAUAGAACCGUGUUCAGAACAGAUAGAAAUUGUCGUGCAGUACAGCAAAACCAAAGCUACUCAGAAUCGUCUCAAGAUCUUAAGCCCUGUGAUACCUUCAUUACUCGUAUGGGCAACAUACCAGAAAAUGACAGUGUGUCUGGUAUUCUGAAAACCAGUGCCCACGUGCCCGUGCCUAGAGAAAAUGUGCCUGAUAAUCCCACCAAAAAAUCCACAACAGGCCCAGUCAGACAAACACAGGAGCACAUAAGUCCCAGUAGUUAUCGGAAUAUGCUCCACGAGCAUGACUGGAGACCUGGCAAUUUGUCUGGCCGACCAAGAUCAGCUGAUCCUAGGUCGAAUUACGGUGUUGUGGAAAAGCUGCUGAAAACCUAUGAGACAUCAACAGGGCCCGUAUUGCAAAAUUCUAAAUGCUGCCAGGAUAAUUGGACCAAAUGUAAUUCUGAUGUCAGUGUUGGGGCCACAUUAAGUCAGCAUUUAGAAAUGCUCCAAAUUGAACAAGAGCUUCAAGGAAAAACAGCUCUGUGUAGGGCACAACAAGUGAAGCAAGGAGUGGACUGGAAAAAGAUAACAGAGGAAUCCAUGGCAGUGAAAUGCUCGCAUGGAAAAGGAUUUUCCCGUCCAGCUAGACCGGCAAAUCGCCGUCUCCCAUCCAGAUGGGCGUCGAGAUCUCCAUCGGCGCCCCCCGCCUUGAGGAGAACUGCCCAAAGCUUUACUAUUUCUCUGCGAUCUGAAGCACCGAUGGUCUGAGUCUCUGGCCUGAAUUGCUAGAUUUCAAAAAUCCCAAUUGCCAAACAGAUAAUUCUAAGUGUUUACAGGCAAUCCUGUCUCUUCGGUAUCUUUCGAGAUUUCUGGGACAAUUUAAAUCUUAACUUCUCAUCAGUCUUCAGUGUUUUUAAUCUGUGGAAUAAUUAUCUUCCUACAUGUUGAUUUCUUAGAUCAGAAUUUUUUAAUACCAUCCUCAUUAAUUUUCCAAUAUGAUUUAAGUUGAAACAGUGUACUAUAUUGUAUAUACCAACUUUCUUGCAAGUGGCAGAAAGCAAGGUUAUGUGCAUGGCCGUGUGUUUGUAGGUGCAUGUGUUGAAAUAGGAAGUAUCCUAGUGUGUAUUUAGAUAAGAGAACUUAUGU